UUUUGGCGUACUAGUUUUACACACAUAAUCACAAUGUCAUUACCAACAAAUUCUGGUCAAUUUAGUGGUGAGAUUAAAAAUUCAAACAGUGAAGAUAAUGUAGUUCCAGAAAGAAGACAAGGUUUUGCACAUUUCGAAGAAGCAGUAGAAGCAUGCAGUUUUGGAAAAUUCAAUGUGUUCUUGCUGCUGGUUGCGAUUCCGUCUGCCAUGUCUCCGGUGUUCGAAUCCUCGACCAUGUCAUAUGUGUUGCCCGUAGCGGAAUGUGACCUGAAUCUCUCCCUCCAAAAUAAAGGGAUGUUAAACGCAAUAACUUUUGGAGGUAUGAUAGUAAGUGGUCUGUUUUGGGGAUAUUUAUGCGAUACACUUGGAAGGAAAAAGCUUUUAUGUUUUGGAUUUAUUUUAAAUGGGAUAUUUGUCAUCAUAAGUUCGUUGUCGCAAAACUUUGUAAUGCUUAUGAUAUGCAAGUUCCUUGGUGGAUUUAUAAUAAACGGACCAUUUAGCGCACUGACCUGUUAUUUGACAGAAUUUCACGGUGCCAAAUAUCGAUCUAGAAUACAAAUUGGCAGAGGAAUGAUAAUUAGUGCAGCGAAUAUUGUACUGCCGCUACUAGCCUGGGCAAUACUACCAAAAACAAUGCAUUUCCCUCUGUUUAAUCGGUUGGACAUCAAUUCAUGGAAUAUUUUUUUACUCAUAUGCUCAUUACCUCCUUUAAUAAGCGGAUUAAUCUUCGCAUUCAUGCCUGAAAGUCCAAAAUUCUUAAUGGCGAUGGGUAGAAAUGAAGAAGCUUUAAAAAUAUUUAGAACUGUUUAUAGAAUAAACACAGGCAAAUCAGAGGAUUCUUAUCCGAUAAAAGAAUUGGUCGAUGAAAUAAUUGAGCAAAAGGAAGUCAACAUAAACGGACUUAGCAUAACUCCUCAAAGAACAAAAGUGCAAGCUCUAAAAGAGGGAUGGCUACAAAUUAAACCGAUAUUUUUUCCUCCGUAUUUGUCAAAGUUAAUUUUGGUCUGCGGAAACCAAUUUUUCCUGAUGAUGGUUGUUAAUACACUAAAACUUUGGGUGCCGCAAAUAUUCCAGUCGAUAAACGAUUUCAAACAAGAAAGUAAUUCUUCAUUUCGUUUGUGUGAAGUUAUAGAUUCAAUGACACCAAAGAACAAGUCGCAGACGUGUUCAGUAAAUCUCGACAACUCGUCUGUGUACAUAAAUUCGAUUAUAAUUGCGGCUAUUAUCAUGUUAGUUUUUGCACUAGCUGCUGCUUUGAUAAAUAAACUAGGGCAGAAAGUUAUCUUAUUGGCAUGCUAUUUAAUAGCGGGUGGUUGUUCAGUAGCCUUAUAUUUCUCUGCCGAUAGUAUUAGUACUUUAAGUUUGUACUCCACUUUCAUUUCUUUUGGAAUGUUAGGCUCCAAUCUCAUGCAAACAGUUACACUGGAUUUAUUUCCAACCACUAACAGGUCAAUUACGUUAUCAAUUUUGAUGAUGAUAGGACGAACAGGAAUAAUAUCCGGUAACCUAAUUUUUCCAACUCUACUUUAUUUUGGAUGUGGUUCAGUAUUUUUCUCUGCAGGCGGAGUUUUAUUAUGUAUGUUAUGCACAAUUUUCUUUUUCAUAAAUUUAUUUGUAUUUUUUAGGUUGUGCCAUAUUAUCUAUAGUAGUCCCAAAUACACAGAAAAAAGCUUUACAGUGAUUAUUUAUGUAAUUUUGUAUAUAUUUAAUACAUAUAAGUUAUACAACACGAAAGAUUUCAUCCUCCAAAUUAACUUAAUGUCGGUACUAGACAAUACACCAGCAGACUUUGAACUAGCAAUUAGUGAGACCGGUUUUGGAAAAUUCAACUUUUUGCUCUACUUCCUGUCAGUUUCAUCAGGAUGGUCGUCAAUCUUCGAGACCACGACAAUGUCUUACGUAUUUCCUGCUGCACAAUGCGAUCUAGAACUUACAUUAUCAAAUAAAGGACUACUUAAUUCAAUCACAUAUAUUGGAAUGAUAUCAAGUGCUUUUAUAUGGGGAUUCCUCUGUGAUACUUUAGGAAGAAGAAAAUUAUUAUUUAUUGGGUUUCUACUCGAUGGAUGUUUUGUACUUAUGUCAGCUAUGUCACAAAGUUUUACUGGAUUAAUCAUUACAAAAUUUCUUGGUGGAUUUAUAAUAAACGGCCCAUUUGCCGCCCUUACGUGUUAUUUAUCCGAAUUUCAUUGUGCCAAACACAGAGCUAGGGUACAAAUGGUACUGGGAACUAUAUUCAGCUGUGGUACUGUGAUUUUACCAUUGUUAGCUUGGGGAAUUUUACCACAAACCUUUAACAUAACCAUCGGAGAAUCAUUCAAAUUACAUUCCUGGAAUAUUUACUUACUUAUUUGCUCAAUUCCCGCAUUAACCAGCGGGAUAGCGUUCUUAUUCUUGCCGGAAACACCAAAAUUUCUGAUGACCUCGGGCCAAAACGAGAAAGCCAUGAGGAUAUUUAAAAAAGUUUACAGUAUAAAUACCGGCAAACACCCCGACACUUAUCCGAUAAAAAUGCUAAUUGAUGAAACCGCAUCUAACGACAACAACAAAACAGGACAGGUUACCAAAAGAUCAAAAAAACAGGCACUACUUGAGGGAUGGUCGCAAAUCUCCCCGUUAUUUAAACCUCCACAUCUUUCAAAAAUCAUGCUUGUUUGCUGCAUACAAUUUCUAUUUAUGAUGAGUUUGAACACUCUUCGUCUUUGGUUGCCUCAGCUGUUCCAAGCCAUAAAUGAUUACAUGUAUAUGAACAAUGGUACGACUGAUAGUUUGUGUACAAUGAUUGACGUUCUUCGACCGAAUCAUGCUAGCGUUACAACAGAAUGCGUUGUUAACACAAAUAAUUACAUGGUCUACAUGAAUUCCAUGAUAGUUGCCUUCACAUCUAUAUGGGGAUACAUAAUUACAGGAUCCUUGAUUAAUAUAUUAGGAAAGAAAAAAAUAUUGAAUGUUUUGGGAUUCAUUAGUGGGUCUAUGGCAAUAUCUUUAUAUUUUGCUCAGGACGCCACGACGACUUUGGUGUUGUCAUCCUUAUUCAUUGCACUAGGAAGUGUUUCUGUUAAUGUAGUGUUAGCUGUGGUUGUGGACAUGUUUCCAACAACCUUAAGAACAAUGUGUAUUUCACUCACAAUGAUGUCAGGUAGAUGUGGUCCUAUGUUAGGAAAUUUAGUGUUCCCAUUACUUCUUCAAACGGGAUGUGCUUCUCCAUUUUUUUCUAUUGGAUUUGUGAUGAUAGGUUGCGCCAUUUUGGCAUGUUUGCUGCCUAAUACAGAUAUGAAGUCUUUGGAAUAAGUAUUUUUUAUUUAUUAAAUAAUUUGUAUAAUAUAUUUUAAUAAAUUGUUUUAUUUUUAUUUAAACACAAA